AAGCACUCAAAAUUAAAUAUAAGGAAAGCAUUAUAUCCGUAUAUAUAUAAUUAAGCUACUGCAGCAGCAAUAACACAGAGCGCCCUCAUUCAAAUCAACUCAACUUCAAGUACGCGCCUCAAUACUCCGUAUAUACAAAGAAAAAAUAUUUAAAGUGAAAUACAAAAAAAAAACGAACUCUCAAACAACAUUGGACAAUUAUAUAGCUUAUUUACAAGCGCACUCACUUAUGUGUACCAACAACGUGUAUGAGUGCACCAGUGUAUUCCUGUUCUGAGUAACAGGAGAGUUGCUUGCUGCGCGUCGAUAAUAUGUAAUGUGCGCGAAUGAAAAGGCCUCUUUGUAUAAAUAAACAUAAGUUACUCACAACUGAGAGUUUCUCAGCUGAUACAUAUGCAUAGUAAACGAGCAAAUAUAUAAGCAGUCUGCGGUAUAUACAUGAGUGUGUAGUAGAAUUGAGCGUAUUUUGUUGCAGACGACGUAUUAUUUAUUUCAACAAAGACGGUUGAAGUGUACGGUCGAUGUUGCAGUGCGUGCGGAACUGCGUUGAAAAUGGCACCAGAGCCUUUACCAGGCACAACGCCAUUGUUGGCGUCCAGUACACAUAAAUCCGAUAUGCAUUUGUCAUCCGCUGCCACUUCAAACGGUGAUAGUUGUAAGGUUAAAGUAUCUAAUAAAUCGCGUAAUGCAGACGCACUUGAAAGAAUACCAAAUAAACAAACGUUAAAGCAACAAAAACAUACCAUAAACACUACCGUUAAGGACAAAGAAAUCAAACAAAAUUCCAAUAAUAAUAAUAACAACAACAACAAUAAUAACAACAAAUGCAAUGGAAUGCAAAUGUCUAUGGCAAUUUCUUCAUCAAUAUGUGAAGUUCGACAGCAGCCAGACAACGUCGCUGCUGCUACGAAUGCAAGUGCCAAUGAAAGGCUAAUACAAAUGCAAAUUUACAAUAAAAGCAACAACAACAACAACAACAACAAGAAAAACAGCUCUAUUAACAACAAUAACAACAACAGCAAGAACCAUAGCAAGACUGUCAAUGCAGUAAGUAAUAAUGGAACAACUAGCACCAACGACGCUAUAAGAAACGGUAUUAGUAAUUCCGCUGCCGCUGCCCCUGUUACUGCUGCUGUUGUUAAGAUUGACGAUGCUGCCACUGCCACUGCUAAGGCUAGUACUGAAAAUAAUAUUAUUGUAGAUAUAAAAGAAGAGUGUGGUGCAGAGAAUGUUAUGAUUAAAACGGAAGAAGAAAGUGUGGAGUGUAGUCAAGAAACAGUUGUUGCUGACAAGGAGAAUGAAAUCGAAUCAAAUUCAACUGACAGUAAUAUUUUUGCCAAACCGAAACCAGUGUUGUUAAGCGCUGUAAAUCCUAACAUAAUAUGCGGUCUAUGUAAGGGCUAUCUUAUAGAUGCAACAACUAUUGUAGAAUGUUUACAUUCGUUUUGCCACAGUUGCCUAAUUCAACAUUUGCGCAUGGAACAAUAUUGUCCUCGUUGUGAAAUGAUAAUAAAUACAGCAAAACCAAAUAUCAAACCUGAUACUACUCUUCAAGCUAUAGUCUAUAAAUUGGUGCCGGGUUUAUAUGAGAAGGAACUACUUCGUAAGCGAGCUUUUUAUAAGAAUCGUCCAGAGGAUGCUGCACUUGCUACGCCGGAACAAAGAGGCGAUGAUAUAGAACAUUUAAUUUUUAAUCCAUCUGAUAGCAUGUCUCUGUCAUUGGAAUAUGCUGAUAGAGAAGAGUUGGUAGACACCAGUGCUACAUAUAAUGAACUGCUGAAGCCCCGAUUCAUACAAUGUCCUGCUAUGUUUACUGUUAGUCAUUUGAAAAAGUUUGUCCAUGGAAAAUUCGAAAUAGAUCCAAACAGAUUCAGCAUAGAUAUCAUGUAUAAAGUAAAAACUAUAGUUUUAUUAGACCACUACACACUGAUCGAUGUUGCUUAUAUUUACACAUGGAAACGAGAUGCUCCGAUGAAAUUCUUUUUCCGUGUAAAACAAUCACUUAAAAAAAUUACAAAAUCCAAGAAGGUAUGCAUUGUCGAGCCCAAAUUAGAAACUACGGAUGUUGCAUUUCACACUGAUAAUGUUAUGACUGUUGUACAUGCACCAUCAAAUACGAUUGUGGAAUCAACCGAAAUAAAAGUUGAAGACGAUGUUGAAGCAAAUGAUAAAAGACCAAAAUCAGUCGAAAAAAAGCACUUUGAAAUAGUUCCUCAAUUGAAUACUGCCAAUAACAUUAACAAUAAAUCUGAUCACAAUCCUAGUGUCGAUAAAUUAAAGAUUACAUUAGUCAGUAAAUCUGUAAAAGAGAAGCAAUUACCUGUAGUGCCUAAAUCACCGAAAUCUCCCAAAUCACCGAAAUCUCCAAAAUCCCAAACACAUACGAAGGAGAAGCACUCAAAAGAGAAAGAAAAGAAAGAGAAUGACAGCUCAACAGCUGUAAAUAAACCGGAGCGUAAAGUUGAAAAUAUUAAACUUAAAAUUGAUCUAUCAAAACAGAAUAGUGUAACGAUAAUCAAUAUGUCACAUCCAGAACGGAAAGAAAUCACUACAAAAUCUGUUAAACCAGAAAAAGAAUGGAAAGUUAAACAUAAAAAAGACAAAGAUGGCAACUCAAAAUCAUCUCCUCAUAGUGAGCGUAAACAUAAAACACCUAGUCCAUUGACCGUUCCACCCUUGACUAUUAAAGCGGAACGCAUAAGUCCAACAACAAAAGUAAGCCCUAAUACUCAAAAACAGAGCAGGAUAUUAGAACAUCCAAGUCCUAUACCAAGUUUAGAAGAAGAUCAGAAAUCACAGUUUCUGAAGUCAUUUUCUUUGACACCAACUAAAUCCAUUAAUAUGAAAAAGGAUACAAAGCAAUCGUCCACUCCUACCACAAACUGUAUGGAUAAACUAAAAACCUCAAUAACAACUGCAUUAAAUGGUACGUUAAAUAAAGUAAAUGGAGUCGAAAUGCUAAAAUGUUCAUCAGCUUCAAAACGCAAAAGUAAGGAACCAGUCAAAGCAAUAGCAAAGAAAUCAAAACUAUCUCCCCCAUUACCAAACGAUGAUUUUAAAAUUAAACUGCCACCUUUACCAGUCAACAAUAAUAACAAUGAUGUAUUUAAAACUCCAGCACCACCGGCUGCUUUAAAAUCAUCCAUACCAAAUGGCAUUUCCAGCAAUGAUAAGUUAGCUGCCCAAUCUGCAGCUUCGCAAAUUAUGCGUCCACCACAUAGUUUGCCCAAAAAAUCCGCUAAGAGUAUGAAUAAAUCUCUAGGUUCUGCUUCAAUGACUCCAAACCAUAGGCAGGGUAUACAACCUGCGCCACCGGGUAACCGCACACCUAUAGCCAAACGGUAUCAACCAAUAUUGCCGAAAGCUGCACGUCCAAAUCCAUUUGCAAACAUUCCAAAUGAAGUUAAUAAAAUACUCAAAGAAGCAGGUACUGAAAUAAAAUCAGUUGUCAAUGAUGUCUUGCCAAAAGUAUAUGGUCCUAAACCCGAUCAAACAACAAUGGGUCCACCACCAUUGCCAAACCUACAAAACAAUGCAAAUCAAACAAUCACUAAUCGAACCCCACACGCACAAAAGUCUAACAAACAGAACAACUCCAAUGCAAAACCUAAUAACUCAAACAACUAUUUAAACUUAGCGCUUUUUAAUGCUUCAAAAUCAAAAGGUAAUGAAGUACCACCUGGUUGCCGUACUCCCAUGUACACACCUAAUUCACCGAUUUACUCACCAAGCUCACCACAAUAUGUGCCGAAUUACAACAUUCCCACUGUGCCUACGUAUAAGUACACACCCAAGCCUUCCAAUGCAACAAACUACUUACAAAACAUACUAGGAAACAAUAACCAAAUGGCUAACUUGUUUCCAAUACCACCAACUAAGAAAGACAAUUCUUCAGCCCACCCUAUACAAUCAAAAGCCAAAAAUGAUGUGCAGCCGCUAAAAAGAGCUUAUCCAUUUGCAAAAAGUCCUAGCCCAAUUGAAGACCCGCCCGAGAAGCAAUUAAAGGUUAAAUCACUACUGAACUCUUGUAAUAUAAAUAUACCGUCUUCUCUAUCAAUAACUAUUACAAGAGAAGAUUCUGAAUCACCAUCAAAUAACGCAUCAUAUCCAAAACAUAAGAAUCCAGUUAACAACUAUAUCGAAAUCCUCAAACUGCCUGAUCAACCGGCAGACAAUAGCGAUAUUAAUAAACGCUUAUCGCCACCAAUUCCUAAAAUAAAUCCCACUAUGAAUAACUCGGACAUCCAUGUACCUACAUCAAUAGCCCAAAUGUUCAACUCAGCCAAGUUGAAUACAAGUUUUAAUAAAAAUUCAUCUCACGCUCAAAUGCAUAUGGGCGGUGCAUAUCAAAAAGGCAAUUUGAACAUGUACAAUUCCAGUAUCUCUAACAAAAUGACCACUCCGCUACCAAACGUCAAUGGGACUAAGACAAGUGAUAAUAAUCAGCCUAAAUUGAAUACGUCGUCCAAUACUACCAAAACACAAAAUCAAAAACCAACACAUAUACCACCACUUCAGCUCGAUAAAAAGACGCCCAGCCCCGAGAAGAAACAGCAAUCUCAAUCAAACAGUACUGAUGUUUCACCAUCACAUGAAAAAUCUCCAAAGUCACCAAAUGACCCUGCAGUACAAUCAAGUAAAAAGUUCCGUCCGAUAUUGCCACGUCAAAAUCCGCUGCCACUAUCAGAAGUCAUACCACCAAAAGUAACCACUGCGAAUGUAAUUGGUACUUACUCAUCGCCCAGUGGUAUAGCCGUCAAAAUACACGCCAAUAAAAAAGUGCUGCCUACAAAAAAAUCACCAGGUGGUCAACAACAGCAGCAACAUAUAAAUCAACAACUGAACCACCAACACCUUACAAAAUCACAAACACAAGUGAACAAAACAACGACUCCUCCACUAAGCUCACCUAAUAAUACAAUGCCACUAAAAAUAUCUUCACCAACAAAAUCUCCGAGUGCAAAAAAUACAAUACCAAAAGCUACAAAAACUGCAGCACAGUCACCACUUCAACCGCCAACUAAUGCAAUUAAUAAACUUGUACCACCACACCCAGGUAUAGGUGCAAUACCAAACCUGCCAUUGCCCAUGCCAACAAUGGCCGCCGGCAUGCCACCACAUCUCGGCGUAGCCACUGCAGCGGCAGCAGCAAAUACGCCAGGUAAUGCAACCAACCCAAACGAAUUGUCCAAGUUCAUUAAAGAUAAUAUAUUGCGGGCGCAAGUACAGGCAGCAGCAGCCGCCACUCAAUCCAACAUGUUCUACUCCUACGCCAAUGCGGCUGCAUUGGGUCAAAUGGGCCAAUUUCCACCGGCUUUGUACCAGCAAGCCUUUAUCAUGGAUCAAUUGUCGCGCAUGCAACGCACUGACGCAUUUAACGAAUACAUGCAAAAACUGAAGAACAACGUGGAGAAAACAGAAACCACACCACAACGCACAAACGAAAACAGUCAAAAGAAUUCGAACCCGAAUUCGAACUCAAACUCGAAUUCAUUAACAUCUACUGCAACAUCAUUAUUAACGUCAUCAUUAUCAUCUAGUCCAAAGGCAAUGUCAACACCAAAUAACACAGCUGCUGCUGCUGCUUCAAAAGGCAAAACGACAUCGGCAACUACAACAACAAACACUACUGCUUCAAUUUCCAAAGCAAAGUAAAAAAGAAUGAGAGAGGAGAACUGAAUGAAUGAGUGAAGAAAGGAAAAUAUAGGACAGGAGGGCCAGGAGGGAAGUAGGAAAGCGAAGUAAAGUAAGCUACGCUCACGGAAUUUAAUUCCAUUUUAGAAAGACAUACAUAUUCCUUACUAAGUAUUUAAUAUUAGCACACCCCACCACACAUCAACUUUUGUUAAGUUUAUUAAUUAUUAAUUAGGUUUAUUUUAUUAUAAGUUUAUUUUAUUUAAAUAGAACUUCUUAUUUUUAUAAUUUAACGCUAGUGCCUAAGUAUGAAGAAAAUAAAAGAAUUCGAGUAUAAAGAUAAUUAAGAUACAGCAAACACGAUCAUGAUCGCGAUCGCAAUCGCGAAGACACAAUCACGAUUACGAUUACGAUCGAAUGUAAAUUAGCUGAGUUAACUGGCUAACCUGUUCUGUUAUUUUUUUAAUUGUUAUUUUUGUUGUUUAUAUUUUGUAGGAUUUUCAGCGAAUAGUAUUCGAAUAGAAUUAGAAUUCAUUUCAUUUCUGCUCAUUUGUGUGUUUGCUUUAACAUUUUUAAUGUAAAUAAAUAAAUAUAGAAACAAUAAAUAAUGUACAUAUGAAUAAUAAAUACUGCUUAAGUAAGAAGUAAAUAAGUUAGUAACUGUGUAAAUCGUAUAUACAAAAACCCAAGCUUAAUAAGUCGACACAUACAUACACACU